AUGCUUGGCCUGUACAAGUACACGAAGUCCUACUCACGGGCGAUAUUGGGCAGUGCUGGAGUUGUAGUCAAGGAGCAGGGAUCGGGAAACUCGGCCCAGGCGGCGGAGGGCGCGCUGGAUGAUUCAGACAGCCAAAGCAGUGCGAUGCUUGAGACGGCGUCGUUGAUCAGCUGUGUGACCUGCUUGAGCGACAACAUGGAUUCGCACAGCACGGAUCCGCUGCUGCUGCAGUCCAACACGGUGAUUCCGUAUGCGAAAAUAUUGAACGCACGGUUAGCACUAGAAGCUCCCGCUGAGGGUGGUGCAGAUGACUCGUUCACGGAGGGAGCGAGGUCCGUGCAGGACGCAGAGAUCAGCUCCAAACCGGGAAGCUCCAGCUCAAGGGCGCGUGCAGAAGGCGGCAUGAAGAGCGGAGGGGUGCUGGUGGAUAUCGUUUUUGCGAAACCAAGAAGGAACGACCUUGUCCCCAAAACAGUGACGCUAUUUGUUGAGUACUCGUCGGACGACUUCUAUGGCGGCGGCGAGGCCGACGUGGUAGAAGAGAUAUUGCGUAGGAGCUACAUGAAUACGAAGCGUAACAAAAGCAUUCUCGUCAUCAUCAACCCAUACGGUGGGAAGGGUAAAGCGCAUAAGCUAUAUGUCACAAAAGCGAAGCCAAUACUUGUGGCUAGUGAUUGUCAAAUUGACGUAGUGGAAACCAAGUACUCCUCGCAUGCCGCUGAGAUUGCCGCCACUAUGGAUAUCAACAAGUACGACGUCAUAGCGUGUGCAUCUGGCGACGGUAUUCCACAUGAGGUACUCAAUGGACUAUUUACACGUCCGGACCGCGUCGCAGCCUUCAACAAGCUUGCUAUCACGCAGCUCCCAUGCGGUUCUGGGAAUGCCAUGAGUAUCUCUUGUCAUGGGACAAGCAAUCCGUCAUACGCGUCCUUGUCUUUGGUAAAGGCAACAGAAGCACGAGUUGACCUUAUGUGCUGCACGCAGCCCUCGUACGCAAGCUCGCCCAGAGUCUCGUUUCUCAGUCAAACAUAUGGUGUGAUUGCGGAAUCAGACAUAAAUACAGAGUUCAUGAGAUGGAUAGGACCGGCAAGGUUUGAACUCGGUGUGACCUUGAACAUAUUUCAAAGACGGAAGUACCCAUGUCAACUGUAUGUUAAGUACGCCGCAAAGACCAAGAACGAGUUGCGGGAGCAUUUUACACUCCAUAAGGCUCGCAUUACGCAGAGCUUUAGAUCAGAGCUUAUGGACUCCGGAUCACAUUUGGCUGAUCUGCCAUCUACUGACAGCGAUCUCAUUGACGAUUCGUGCUUUCAUUUGAAGUGGUCUUUAGAUGAGCCCGUCCCCCAAGAUUGGGAAGAGAUUGAUACAAGUUUGACCGACAAUUUGGGCAUCUUCUAUGUUGGGAAGAUGCCAUACAUAGCACCGGAUACUAAGUUCUUCCCUGCGGCGCUCCACGACGAUGGUGCUAUGGACAUGGUUAUCACCGAUGCGCGCACGCCACUAACUAGAAUUGCCCCGAUCUUGCUCUCAUUGGAUAAGGGUUCCCAUGUGCUCCAACCAGAAGUGGAGCAUUCCAAGAUAGAGGCUUAUAGAUUGAUACCAAAAUUAAAAAGUAGCAUCAUAUCUGUGGAUGGUGAGAACUUUCCUUUCGAACCUAUUCAGGUGGAAGUGUUACCUCGGUUGGCUAAAACUUUACUAAAAAAUGGCUGCUAUGUGGAAACCGAGUUCGAGGCCCUAUGA